ACAACAGCCUACCUCCGAUCAGAUAACGCUGGAUGUUACCACAAUGGGCAUCUGUUGCUAAGUCUUAGAGAAGUAGGGGUGAGAACCGGUGUCAGGCCAGUGCAAUAUGAUUUCUCAGAGCCACAGGCUGGUAAGGACAUCUGCGAUAGGAAGACUACUGCUAUGAAGGCACACAUAAAGCGUUGGGUUAAUGAGAGGCACGACGUCGUCACUGCUGAGAAUAUGAAAACAGCACUAGAAUCCCAUGGUGGUAUCAAAGGGUGCAGAGCAGUGGUCGUCGAGGUGGACACGACCAGGGAGAGAAACAAAGAUAGCAAGAUACCAGGUAAUAGUGUGUUGAACAAUUUCCAGUAUGAGGAGUGUGGCAUCCGUGUGUGGAAAGCAUACAACAUCGGCCCUGGGCACCUCAUCCACUAUAGUGGUCGUGGAGUUACACCACAAGGAGAUACUGGGCUAAGGGUGAUAAAGCCAUUUGGUCAAGCUACACACAGGGGAAGUGUGGGUGAGAGCGUCAGGCACCAGUCCGAGAUCUACUCUUGCCAAGAGACUGGAUGCGUCCUCACGUUCAAGACCCAAGCAGAGGCAGACAACCAUAUGGACACGGGUAAGCAUCGUCUUGAGGUGGACUGCAAGUCCAUGUAUGACCACGUUAGGAGGAAAUGAGUGGGAAUUACGACAGGGGUGAUGUUUGCUCCGGAUGUGCCAUCAACCUCAUUGCAAGGUGAGGAUAGUGGCAGCGCUGUCAGAGGAUAUGACCCUAGACCAUUGGGGUGGGCUCUGAAGAUAACAAAACGACCCACCAGAAUGACUGAUAAUGUCAAGACCUUCUUGAUGAAGAAAUUCGAAGAGGGUGCAAGAACUGGAAACAAGACCGAUCCUGUGCAGGUAGCGAGGAAGAUGAAGACCCUCAGAAAUGAAGAUGGAGAGCUCACGUUUAAGCCAGAAGAGUGGAGGACUGUGCAGCAAAUCAGCAGCCUGUUUUCACAUCAGACAGCAGCGCUGUGUCAUAGGGGUAUUGAUGCGGAGGAAAUCCCUGAGGAAGACAUCAAGGCCGCAGAGUCCGAAAUGGCCCUUGACACCCUUAGAAGUUUGGUGAUGGAUGAUAUGGGUAAACCAAGCCAUCCAAUCAUCGUGGGUGUUAGCAAUAUCUGCAAACUUGUAAAGAACAAGGAACCUUGACUCACUCAAACUGGCAGUUCUGAAAGAAAUCUGCAAUCAGCUACACUUGACGA